UCGGCGACCCGGGAGGGGGAGGGGCCUCCGCCGGUGUCACCGAGAAGUCCUGGUUGGCACCACCGCCUCGGGCGCGGGUCUAGAGAGGCUCCGAAGCUCCUGCCCACGCGGCGCUGCAUGCUGAGCCGUGGGCCGGAGUGAAGUCCGCAGGUGGCCCCGGCGAGCGCAGUGGAGGGCUGGGGCGCCUGACGCGCGGCUGUGAACAAUGGUGCGUGGGGCGCGGCCCCUCCACCGCAGCGCGGCGCAUCUUGAGCGUUGAUCACAUCUUCACCCGAGACUCACCCGCGUGUCCCCUCUAGGUCUCAUUUGUAAUUGAGACUAAUGAUUACAGGGGGGGCGGGAAGGAGCAGCUGCUCAUUAAUUAAUUUCUAAUUAAAAGUGCCUUCCUUGCCGGUGACUAAGGAGGAACACACUUCUCCGGGGCGUAUUGACUGCGGGCCUGGAGCCCAUUCGUUACCGUCCCGCGCCCCGCGCCACUGUCCCCGCCCCGCCCGGACCGGGCCGAGUGACCCGCGCGUCCGCGGCCGGCGUGGGCUGACGUCAGAGCCCCGCCGAGAAAGCGGCGUACGUCUGACUUGACGGUUCGCGCGACUCGUUUUUCCCCAUAUUUUGCAAAAUAUGUAUUUCUGUCGCCGCUGCGAGGCCGGUCGGUCCCAGAGCCUCCUCGAGGCCCGGGGUUUGGACGCGGAGGCCGCCGCCGCACGCCUCCGGGCCCGGCUGGGGAACUUGGCCGCGGGGCGCCGUAACCUGCUCUCGCGCUUCGCCCUCCCAGCGCCUAGGAGCCCGCAGCCCCGAGCCAGCCCCGCGCGCCCCGGGCCGCCCCGCCAUGUCCUACCCGCAGUUCGGAUACCCCUACUCCUCCGCCCCGCAGUUCCUCAUGGCCGCCAACUCCCUGGGCGCGUGCUGCGAACCGGGGGGCCGCGCGCUGGCAGAGUCCGGCCCCGCCGCGCCCGCGCAGGCGCCCGUCUACUGCCCGGUCUACGAGGGCCGGCUGCUGGCCACGGCGCGCCACGAGCUGGGCUCGGCGGCGCUCGGCGUCUACGGGGGCCCCUACGCUGGUGCGCAGGGCUACGGCAACUACGCCGCCUACGGCUCCGAGGCGUCGGCCUUCUACUCGCUGAACACGUUCGACUCUAAGGAUGGGUCAGGAUCUGCCCAUGCGGGGCUCACACCAGCCGCAGCUGCCUACUACCCCUAUGAGCCGGCCCUGAGCCAGUACUCCUAUGACAGGUACGGAACCAUGGACAGCGGCACACGGCGCAAGAAUGCCACGCGGGAGACCACCAGCACGCUGAAGGCCUGGCUGCAGGAGCACCGCAAGAACCCCUACCCCACCAAGGGCGAGAAGAUCAUGCUGGCCAUCAUCACCAAGAUGACCCUCACGCAGGUCUCCACCUGGUUCGCCAACGCGCGCCGGCGUCUCAAGAAGGAGAACAAGAUGACGUGGCCACCCCGGAACAAGUGCGCCGAGGACAAGCGGCCCUACGCCGAGGGCGAGGAGGCGGGCGAGGAGGAGGAGGCCAGGGAGGAACCCAUCAAAAGCGCCAAGAGUGAAGUGACCGAGGCUGCAGGAAAAGAGGACAAGGAGUUAGAGCUCAGCGACCUGGAUGACUUUGACGCCCUCGAGGCCGAACCCCAGGAGUGCGAGCUGAAGGCUUCCUUCUCGGCCUUGGACCGCGGCGCCCUGGAGCGUGUCCCCGCCCAGCCCGAGGGCCCCGCCCCUCUCCCAGGAGUCCUCAGCAAGGAGGCCUCAGGCGCCCUCCGGAUGCCCCUGGCUGCUGCCGGAGGGGGCACCGUCCUGGACGAGGACCUGCAGGGGGCCGGGAUCUGCCUCCGGAGUGCAGCGGCUGGGCCCGAGCCGCAGUCAGGCACAGAGGGCAGUGGCCCGCGAGCCUGCGAGGCCAAGCUGGGCUUUGCACCCGCCGGGGUGUCUUCAGGCCUGGAGACCAAGCCGCGCAUUUGGUCCCUGGCCCACACGGCUACCGCUGCGGCCAGCGCCCUGAGCCAGACUGAGUUCCCCUCGUGCAUGCUCAAGCGCCAGGGUCCCGCUGCCCCCGCAGGUGUAUCAUCGACGCCAGCCACAUCUUCGCCCGCAGCCCCAGCCCCUGCGGUGGCCCUGGACAGGCACCAGGACUCCCCAGUGACCAGCCUCAGAAACUGGGUGGACGGGGUCUUCCACGACCCCAUCCUCAGGCACAGCACUUUGAACCAGGCAUGGGCCACCGCCAAAAGCGCCCUCCUGGACCCAGGGCCACUGGGACGCUCGUUGGGAGCAGGCGCAAAUGCGGUGACUGCGCCCCUGGCCCGCAGCUUCCCUCCCACUGCACCCCAGGACAGCCCAGCUGCUGGCGCCACUAGGGAGCUGCUGGCGCUGCCCAAGGUGGGCGGCAAGCCCUUUUGCACCUGAGCUGGCGCGAGCCAAGAGCAGGGUAGGGCGCGACACUAUGGAGUUUCCACGGAAGGCAAGGCCCCGCCCCGGAGAGGGAGGGGCCGACCUUGGUCUCCCGGGCUUUGGGCGGAGUCCAGUCCUGCCUGCAGUCCCACCCUCUCCCCAGCCCCUACCUGGUCCCCAGUCGUCAGCUACCCCAGCCUUCCUUAAGUCUGAACCUGCCUGAGAGCGCUCGGAGUGCGGGAGCCGCAAGCAUAAAGUUUACGUCCAAAGUUUACACAGGGAAGGCGUGGGGGUCCGGGCACACGUGGGGCUGCGUAGCGCAGCGCGCGCCUCCGACCCCAUCCUGCCCUCGGCGCCCACGACAGAACCUCCACCGACCUCGCACUGCUGCACACUCUUGACCUGAAACAGUUACGCUUUUUAAAUGUUAUGUGCGCACCAAUAAUUGCCUGCUUCAGAGAGGCUGAUGGAACGAAACCAAUAAAACCUUGUGGCGGUGUUUGCGUUGCAGAAAACAA